CUUUUCACGAUGUCGUCGAGGGUCCCAAAUGGGUUUCUUCGACUAUCCGCACCAGUCCUCUCCAAGAUUGCUCCAAGACUAGCCGUCCUCGGCUCGGGCCCGGGAGCCUUCUACACUGCGAAGUACAUAAUGCGGCAGUUAGAUUCAGCACGUAUCGACAUGUUUGAACGGUUACCAGAGCCUUUCGGGUUGGUCAACUAUGGCGUCGCGCCGGACCAUCCCGAAGUGAAAAAUGUCCGUAACGAGUUCCGAGCAGUUGCUCAUGAAUAUCACGACCGCUUUCGCCUCUUUGCCGAGGCUGAGCCGAAGCUGUCGAGCCUACAGCAGCACUAUGACGGGAUUGUAGUAGCGACUGGUGCUCAGGAUGCACACCGUCUUGGGCUGCCAGGAAGUGAGCAAGUCCGACGAGGCAUAUUGUCGGCGCGGGACUUCGUCUCAUGGUACAAUGGGCAUCCAGACUUCGCCGCGGUGACGUCCAUGCUGCCUCCGGCUGAGGAGACGGAAAAGGUUGUUGUUAUUGGUCACGGCAAUGUGGCCUUGGACGUUGCUCGUGUGCUGUCCAAGCCAGUAGGGGAGUUCGAGAGCACCGAGAUCAGCAGAGAGGCUCUGCAGUGGCUAUCGAAGCGUCCACCGAACUCUGGCAAAGUAUCAGUUGUGGGCCGAAGGGGCUUUCCCGAGGCUAAGUUCACGAACAAGGAGUUGCGUGAGAUCACUCGCAUCGAUGGUGUCACCGCAAGGGCAUACGAGUCUGAGCUCAUUGGCAAGCAGGAUUGGCAUCUUGACCGUGCCAAGAAGCGUGGGUUGCACCUCAUUGAGGCGAUGACAUCCCGAGACCUGCCGUCUGAGGGCCGGCAGAUACUAUUGCGCUUCCACAGUGUGCCCAAGAGGGUCAUCACGAGUGAGCAAGGAGGAGCUUUGGAAGGAGUAGAGGUUGAGCAUCCUGACGGCUCCACUGAAAUCAUACCGUGCGGUCUGCUGAUAGAGGCUGUACGGUUCAAAGUGAUACCCCCUCCGGCCGAGGGCGCUGCUGAUCACGUCACGAAGCACCUCCGAAUCGACUCGGAUACGGGGGGCAUGGCCCAUGACGGCAGCGGCCGAGUUCGAGCAGGUCUGUAUCUAGCUGGCUGGGCUAAGAGGGGCCCGACGGGCAUCAUCGCGGCUAACAUCUCCUGCAGUCAAUCCACUGCUAAUGCUGUGGUUGAAGACAUCUUACAAUGGAAGAUGCUGCACAAGGAAGGCGAAGUCGUGGAUGAGUCUGAUGCCUGGAUGGUUAAUGAACUUCCCUCUGCUCGGGAAUGUCGAUUCUAGAAGACCACUUUCUCUACUGUGUGUCCUAUAACUGUUUUCAAAUUCACAAGCAAGUUUCCGCUUCA